AUGCAGCUUUAUUUGGAGGAAGCCAGAAAGAUUAUUUCUGAAUUCAAGAAAUUCAAUAUAGAACAGGUUCCCAGAAGCCAAAACAAGAAGGCAGACGCCUUAAGUAAGUUGGCAUCUUUAACCUUUGCCCAUCUUACAAAGGAGGUGUUAGUAGAGGUGUUGGAAGAAAAAUCAAUAGUGCCAAAAAAGGAAGUCUCUCAAAUUGAAGAAGCUGAAUGUUGGAUGACUCCAUUGUAUAACUUCAUCAAAGAUGGAACCCUCCCUGAAGAUAAAGAAAGUGCAAGGAAAACAAGGAUGAAAGCACCCAUGUAUCUGAUCAUGGAAGGAUCUUUGUUUAGAAAAUCCUUCCUUGGUCCCCAUCUUCAUUGUGUAGGUCCCUUGCAAGCGAAGGAGCUCAUCCAAGAAGUGCAUGGUGGAACAUGUGGCAUCCAUGCCGCACCAAGAUCAGUUACAACCAAGAUCAUGAGACUUGGAUACUUCUGGCCACCUUAUAUCAAGAUGCCAAGGAAGAAAUUGAAAAGUGCCAAUCAUGUCAGUUGCAUGCACCAGUGUCCAGCAGGCCCAGGCGAGACCUCAUCCCCGUUACAACAGCAUGGCCAUUUUACAAGUGGGGAAUUGAUAUAG